CGACCUUGUGCUCGCCUCGAUCUCUUAGCAGUCCCCCAUUCAUAUCCCUACUCUCCCAUAUCAUCAAAGAGCUGAUUCAUCUGUUGUGGCGUCUUGUUCAGCAUGUUCCCACAACAUACCGAGUCGAUCAGCUGCUUAUCUUUAGGGAAGAGAGCUCGUUAGAAGGUGCCCACCUUGAAAGCAUCAUUGAAACCAUAAUUAGGACACCUCCAGAAGAGACUAGUGUAUCUCUCCCAUGCAUCCCCGGUGGUCUCAUCUUCUUCUUGUGAAAAAAGGUGAUCUCCUUCUACGGGUUUGCUAUCUUGGAUGGAGGAUGAUUCUAGGUCAGGAACUUGUCGGCAAGACUGGUGAAUGUAGAGAUCAACUCCGGAGGGCGGUUGUCCAACCACAUUUUUGCCUGGCCCUCCAGUGUGAAGGGAAAGUAGCGCAGGCGGAUGGCAUCUUGAGGACCCCGUUAAUCUUGAUUCCAUCGAUCAAAUCAUGGAAUCGCCUAAAGUGCGCGCAUGGGCACUUGCCUGCCUUCCCAUGGAAUACCACCAAGCUUCGAAGCAUGGUGAUAACAUAGGUGCUCACCUCAAAGUUGUUGGCAGCAACUUGAGGGUGCUGGAUGGGGGACCUCAUGUCUUUGGCUCUAGCAGUCCAGUAGUAUCCCAUGGUAUGUUAAUCAGGGAUAGCCUCCCCGCCAUUAUUGGGUUCACCCAUGUCGUCCUCCUGGUUGAUGUUCAGUUUAGCAAGAGCUUCCUCCACAGCUAGUCGCGCCUUUCAUGUUUUCUUGAAGUUGCCACAGGUUCGUUAAAGCUCCUGGUAUAAUGGUAGUAGGUCUCCCGACUGGAUAUGGGUCAUGCACUACCUGCACACCAAUAGCAAAAACAACCCGUGAAGGCACACAAGUGGAAGAGAGAGAAUGCAGUAAAGAUAAUCCUUAAGUAUUAGACUUUUACGUUUCUACAAUAACCUAGUGUCCCCAGCAACGUCGCCAAAAAUUUGACUAGCUAAAACACAACACUAAACUACGACCAAGUAUAAUUGUAGUAUGGAAAUGCAGAAUAGUGGGUAAGUUGGUUGAUAAUUUAUCAACCCAGGGUCUAGAUCUACUACCUACUCCGCGAACUUCUAUUAUCUAGCGGGACUAAGUGAGUGAAGGUGAAUUCAAACUAAACAGAAAGAAAGCAGUAAAUUGUUCAAAAUUCUUAAGCAAGGGAAGAGUCACUCGGGAAUGAGUCCCCUUAUUAGCUCCUUAAUUUGGUCCAAUUUUUAAUUUCCUUUGGUUUAUUUACUGUUGAGUAAACUGUGAAAGAUCCGACAGUAGUUUGGAAUCUCUUAAGCUGACCAAGCCCUCUUAGACACACUAACCGGCAGAUGACUAGUCUUCAUCUGGAUAGAAUGCUAAGGCAAUUAACACAGAACUCCACUACUGGAAACAAAUUCCAGUGCAAAGCAGUGAAUUGGCUGACUCUCGUAUAAUCAAUACACUCCAGCGCAAGAUAAUCCUUAAGUGCUUUACUCUUGGGUUGCCCGUAUUUUGUCUUUCUUCAGCAUCCUCUUAGUUUGCUCUCACUAGUAAAAACACGGCUAGGCUGAUGAAAAACACGGUCGUGCUUUUACAGUGGACAACAGUGCUUUUGCCCCACAAUCGUCAAAUGAUCUCCAAACGACCCUAAACUUGCGCCUAAACCUUCGUACACCCGUUAGGACCUGAAAUAUGGAAAAAUAGCACAACCUAGCGUAAAAUAGGCCAAGGAGUCACAAAAUCGAGCCAAAAUGGUUAAGAAAUAAGGGUGCAAACAUGUGCAAAUAUAACGUUAUCGGCUGCAUUACCAAACAGGCCAAAUGAAGUGAGCCAAGUGGUAAAAACGAGCCACAUAGACCUCGACCAACAACCUGGACUGGAUGAGCGUGAUUUUGAUGAGGACUGGAUGAGCGUGAUUUUGACGAGGAGGAAUUAGAUGGAGUUUAGCAGAGCCAUUCGGUGAUGGACUAGCUCGCAUGGGGACAGGAUUGGCAAUACAAACCAUAUCGUCCCUUCUCUCCCAUCCCAGUAGAGUUUGGGCCCAAGAAUUUGAUUUGGACUUUUGGAAGACAAAUGGGCUACGAUUGUUAGAGAGUGAGGGAAAGUUUAUUAACUUGGAGGAAGGGAGCUGUUCCAUAGGAUCGGACAAAGCAAGGUGUCUAAAUGAAGAGGUGGAUCACAAUUGGAAGAAAAGAAAGCGUAAGAAAUGGCACAGUCGAUG